UAAUCUCUCUUUCUCCCUCACUUCUCUGUAUUUACUUUAUAUAUAUAUUUUACGUACACCUCGCUGUAUUUAUAUGCAUUUAUAUGUCAACGUUCUGUAAACGACUCGGACAUAUACCAUAAGCAAGCUACAUAAGUAGGGUAGCGCCGAAGAAUCAGUUAAUAUCAUUCUGUAAAUGACAAUAAAAUAAUAUUAUUCAACAAAGAAAAAAACAAAAGAAAGAAGGAAAACCAACAGGAAACAAAAAAGGAAAAGAAAAAAAAGAAAACUUAGAUUACACUAAAGAAAUUAAUAAAGAAAACAACUAUGGCCAGUAGCUGUGGUCCCUUGUCAAGAUUAACUAAGAAGCAAACAAUGAUAGCUGCAGGUUUGGCGUUAUUACUUUUGCUGGUAAUUUGUAUAUCUAUUGGUGUACCUUUGGCAGCAGCAUCCAAAUCCAGCAGAAGUGCUGAUAGUUUAGAGACAGCAAAAGUUAUUUUGAAAACACAUGCUCUCAUUGACGGGCAUAAUGAUUUACCAUACAGAAUUCGUAUAUAUACUGGAGUGAAUAAAACCGAUUUUAACAGCAGCUUGGACAAAGUUUGGGAAGUUUCACAAACCGAUAUUCCACGACUAAAAGAAGGAAUGGUUGGUGCACAGUUUUGGGCUGCUUACGUCCCCUGCGAUACUCAGUUCAAAGAUGCUGUUACUAAAUCUUUGGAACAAGUUGACAUAAUCAGGAAUUUAGUUGCAAAAUAUCCUGAAAUAUUUGAAUUCGUCACUACAUCUCAAGGAAUCAGGGAUGCCUUUAAAGCCAAAAAAAUUGCAAGUUUAAUUGGUUUGGAAGGCGGUCAUUCAAUUGAUAGCAGCUUAGGAACUCUAAGAAUGUUUUAUGAACUAGGAGUACGCUACAUGACAGUAACACACAGCUGUAAUACACCUUGGGCAGACAACUGGUUAGUUGAUGUAAAUAAAACGAAUGAACAUGAUGGAUUAACAGACUUUGGAAAGAAAGUCAUACAUGAAAUGAACCGUCUCGGAAUGUUGGUAGAUUUGUCUCACGUAGCAGUUCGAACAAUGGAAGAUGCUCUUGAUGAAUCAAAAGCUCCAGUUAUUUUCAGUCAUACAUCUGCUUAUGCUCUUUGCAAUCAUUAUCGAAACGCACCGGACGCAAUUUUGAAAAAAACCAAACAAAAUAGAGGCGUUGUUAUGGUUAACUUUUACAGUGAUUACAUCAAUUGCUAUCCUUCGAACCAAACAAAUGCUACAUUGUCACAAGUUGCAGACCAUAUUGACCACAUAAAAAACGUGGCUGGAGUUGAGACUGUUGGUAUUGGAGGAGACUAUGAUGGCGUCGAGAGAUUACCAAUCGGUUUAGAGGAUGUAUCAAAAUAUCCUGAUUUAUUCGCUGAACUUGUAAAACGUGGUUGGUCGAAUGAUGAUCUUGCUAAGCUGGCUGGUGAAAAUCUACUGCGUGUAUUCAAAGCAGCUGAAGAAGUACGUGACAACAUGAAAGACGAGGCUCCAAGUGAGGCCAGGAUUCCUGAUUCUGAGCGAGGAAAUUCAUCUUGCUACAAGAAGUUUUAAUAAUACUCCAGAUUUUUGUUUAAACUACGUCAGCAAUUGUUAAAGAUAAUAAUUUUAAAGUCUAAUUCAUAUUUUGAUAUAUAGUUAUAACAAUUAUAAAUUGCAGCCACGUCCAAUAAUGAAAAUUACAAAUUAACUCUUCAUUAAGAUUUCGUCACUUCUUAGUAAUACGUAAUCGUUAACUAUAAGAUAAAAGGCAAAUAUUUGAAGUAAAACAGAUAUUUAACCAUUUAUACUUCAUCGAAUAAACUUAUCGGUACAUUAAA